GUAGGCUUUCAACAAGGUCAUGUGGGACCCAACAAUACCAAUGGCAAUGGGUCCCACUUAAGGAAUAGCCAGCCAUAAGAUAAAGCAACAACUUUCUACUGCCACUAAUUAUUAGCCACGUGUAAUUAGUUGGAUUCUCCCUUCCCCACUUGGACUACUACCUUAACAGUUAGUACUACUUACUAGUUACUACCCCCCUCCUAACAAACCAUACAUGUACACAAAAUCCUAGCAGGAAAAUUAAACAUUCAUAAGAAAGAAAAAAGGAAAAAUUAGAGAUGAUGAUGAAGGAGGAAAUACCUGGAGGGGAUACCAAUAGUUGGGCACGUGUCUGCGACACGUGCCAAUCAGCACCAUGCACAGUGUACUGCAAAGCGGACUCUGCAUACCUGUGCACGAGCUGCGACGCAAGAAUCCAUGCUGCAAAUCAGGUGGCGUCAAGACAUGAGCGCGUUUGGGUGUGCGAAGCGUGUGAGCGCGCACCAGCAGCAUUUUUGUGCAAGGCUGAUGCAGCAUCACUUUGUGCUACCUGUGAUGCUGAUAUACACUCUGCUAACCCAUUGGCUCGCCGCCACCAGAGGGUCCCAAUCAUGCCUGUUGCAGGCUGUGUGUACGGGCCACCAGGCGGGCGAAUGUCUGCAGACAAAUUCCUGGGUCUGACAGAGGGAGACGAGCAUACGACUGAUCAUGAAGGCGAUGAGGACGAAGCUGCUUCAUGGUUGCUGCUCAACCCAGGUAAGAACAGUGACAACCAAAUUACAAAUGGAUUUUUAUCUACUGGAGGUGGGGAAGUUGAUGAGUACCUGGAUCUGUUUGAGUACCAAACAGGUGGCGAUAAUCAGUUCUGUGAGCAGUACAAUCCGAAGCGCGAAUUCAGUGUGCCGGAGAAGAAUUGUGUAGAGGACAGUGUUGUGCCUGUUCAGUGUGGGGAAGGAAAGGAUCAUCAUCAAAUACAGUACCAGAAUUUCUUGUUUGGGAUGGAAUGUGAAACCAAAUCUGGGUACAAUUACAAUACAUCAAUUAGUCACAGUGUUUCAGUAUCCUCCUUGGAUGUGGGUGUUGUACCAGAAUCCUCAAUGAGUGAUAUCUCAGUAUCACAUCAAAGGGCCUCAAAAGGGACAAUCGAACUAUUUUCGAGCCCUACGAUGCAAGUACCGACUCAACUAUCGCCCAUGGACAGAGAGGCCAGGGUGAUGAGAUACCGAGAAAAGAAAAAGAACAGAAAGUUCGAGAAAACAAUUCGUUAUGCUUCGAGAAAAGCAUAUGCUGAAACUAGACCUCGAAUCAAAGGUCGGUUUGCAAAGCGAACAGAUGUUGAAGCCGAGAUGGAUCAGAUGUUCACAAAUUCAUUGAUGGCAGACAAUGGAUACAGUAUAGUUCCAUCCUUCUGAAUCUAGGUGAUGUCUAAAAUUGGUGUUCCUGGUUGUGCUACCAUUGAAUUUUCAUUCCUUUUUAUCAGUCUUGACCUAUAUAUAUGUUCUUAGUCUACUGAUGUUUAUGCUAUUUUCUUAAUCUCGUUUUGGUUUUGUGUAAAUUGUACAAACGAGUAUAUAUAACAUGCUUUCGUAUUUAAACC